AUGGCUGUCUAUGCCUCUCAGAUCGGAGCAAAAGGUCCUUUUGCGACCUCGGCUCCUCCAUCUAUACCGACUCAUGCUGCCCCCGCAGGCACUUUCAUGCCUGGGACAAAGGUCCAGGUCGGAGACCACAGGGUGGUGAUUGAUCGAUAUCUGUCCGAGGGUGGGUUUGCCCAUGUCUAUGUGGUCACUUUACCACGACCAGUCGACGGAAACACCAAGGCCGUCCUCAAAAGAGUGGCCGUCCCAGAUAAGGACCACCUGGCCAAUAUGCGCACCGAGGUCGAAACCAUGAAGCGACUGCGGGGCCAAAAGUACAUUGUCAAGUACAUCGAUUCCCACGCCUCGCAAUUAAAAGGCGGUGGUUAUGAAGUUUUCCUGCUUAUGGAAUUCUGUCAGGGAGGAGGUCUGAUCGACUUCAUGAACACUCGCUUGCAGAACCGCUUGACCGAGCCUGAAAUCCUCAAGAUCUUUACCGACGUCGCAGAGGGAGUGGCCUGCAUGCACUACCUCAAACCUCCACUCAUGCACCGAGAUUUGAAAGUCGAGAAUGUUCUAAUAGCCAGCAGCGGAUCUGCAAAGAUGUAUAAAUUGUGCGAUUUCGGUUCCACAGCUCCUGCACGACCCGCUGCCACCACGGCUGCUGAAGGGCGUCUGAUUGAGGACGACAUCAAUCGACAUACCACGCUCCAAUAUCGAAGUCCCGAAAUGAUAGACGUAUACAGGAAGCAACCGAUUGAUGAGAAGGCCGACAUAUGGGCACUGGGUGUCUUUCUUUACAAACUAUGCUACUAUACCACUCCUUUCGAGGAUGUUGGUCAAAUGGCCAUCCUGAAUGCCAGGUUCAAGUUUCCUGCAUAUCCACGUUUCUCCGACCAGUUAAAGUUGAUGAUUGCCUCGAUGCUCCGAGAGAAACCUUCCGACAGACCCAACAUCUAUCAGGUUCUCCAGAAGUCAAGUCAGUUAGAUGGCCGUGAGCUUCACCUCAAAGAUAUAUACAGUCGACGAAGUCAGUCGGAGGGUCGGAAAGACCAAAUCCUUCCUCAACCCUCGAGUUCUCAGUCACGAACGGGUGCCACUUUAUCUCCUCCGAAGCAAGAAGCUCCUCCGUCUGUUCCGCAAAUUGAGCCUAUGCGCAGAGGUCGACCAACUCAACCCGUCUCCCAUCAUGGUUCCGCCAAGCCAAGUCCUUCUCCCCUUCGUAUGGUCGAAAGCACUGAUCCCUUUGCCGCUCUUGACGGGAGUAAGCCAGUUGUGGAAGACGAACUUUCUCAUAAAUUCCCCUCUCUUGAUCAUUUUGCCUUGUUGACUGACAAAGGCAAGAAAUUCGCCUUCGAGUCAACGGCAGAGAAGCCACGCGAACCAGUCGAGUCGUCGAUAGCGCAACGAGUCACCAAUGCUUUGGCAGACGAGGCUUUCGGUAGACCACCCAGUCCUGUCAAACCCAAACCGGCUCUGGACAAACCUCUACCUGCCGUCAAAUCUCAAGCAGUUCUGCAGCACAAGAAAUCACUAGAGCAAAGGGAACCACUUGUUCGAGCUAGCGCCCCUGCCAUUACCCCGAAGCCUUCAAUGGUAUCCACAGGCACCAUGACCUCCGCUUCACCUCAAACUACAGGAUUACUCCCCAUUUCCGACCGACCGAUACAUCGCUUUCCACCCAGUGAUCAACCACCGAGAUCUUCAAGUCUGAACAGACCCUCGAGUCAGACGCGGGCGCCAGAGACUAGCAAAACUGGUUCUCGCCUUGCUAGCUUGCUCAAGGAGGAUGCGCGAAAUUCCCAAAAGGCUAGUGAGGAGGAGUCAAGAUCACCCACUUCAUCAAGACCAUCACUUGAGGGAGGUCGUCCAUCGCUACGAGGUCUCGACUCUGGCGUAAGUCGAUCGAGAUCAUUAAACCUCAGGCAGCGACCCGCAAGCGUUAAUAUCGGCGCGGGACCGACCCAUAUCAAAGAUCGUGAAAUCAGAGGACUUGACUAUGAGGCGACUUUCACGAGCGCGGAACCAGACCUGGCACCUUUGACUCCGUCGGAAUCAGCAACCAAUAUUUCUUCCGACAUAGAGUACCUGAAAGCCAAGGAAGAGGAGGAGAAGGAGCGGAAGCAGCACCACAAACGCCUUAGUAGUGGUUCCAGACAUAUGAAACGAGCUAGUCUUCCAUCUAUUGGUCUUGCGGCUGGUACCAAGUUAUUGGCUGGGAAAUUUGGCGAUGCCUUCAAGAAAUUCGAGAGUACCGAUUCGAAUAAUGGGAGCCACCACCAUCAUCAUCAUCACCAUCAUCACCGAGAUAGAAGCGAAUCUCCAUCUCGAGAUCCGAUUAAUGUUUUGACUCCGAUUGCUGGUUCAGAAGCAACAGACUUGAGCGAUGAUCGACCUGGAUGGGAUGAGACGGAAGAGCUGUCCCCAGAAAUGAAACGAGAGUUAGAGAAGCGAAAGCUUGAAGCAGAGGAGAGAAGAGUCGCAAAUGCCGCAGCGGAGUACAGACAACGAUUGGCGGCUAGGGGAGGCGGCUCUGUCGGCGGUGGUGGUGGUGGUGUCUCAUCCAGGGCAUCUUCGAUUCAGAAUCGAUUGCAAUCGCUCCUUAGUGAGAACGAGCGACCUGCACAGAAGACAGCUACUGGAUACGGAAGAUUUACCGAAUCCCCUGAACCAAAACAGCGAGUUGGCGAGCGCGCGCAGACAUUUCAACCGAUGGCCAGUACCCCUGCACAGCACAUCUCGACAUCUUCAGCACCAGCAUCAUCGGUCGAUAUAUCGAGAGCAGAGAUACGAUCACAACGGCCAGCAGCGCCGCCUAAGCCCAAAGUUCUGCAACAUGCGAUUAUUGAUAACGGAGCCACGAGAGAUGAGGUAGAGGUGAGGGCCGAUGAAGACUGGGAGGCGGCGUUUAGUAAGCGAUACCCAAGUCUGUCUGGCCUGGAAAUGGUCGAGACAUCGAUAGACGAGCCGGUCAAGACAACGGCCACGGUAAGGACGAAAGAAAUAUAA